AUGCUCAAUUUCAGUUCUCGAUGUAACGCAAUAGUUCAUUCAGCAGGCACAAAAAAUAUUACUGCAUUACAUUUGAUUCGAUGUGCUAGUGCUUCAUCAAAGCCUACAACUGUUAAAAAUUGGAUCAAUGGAAGAGCUGUCGAAUCAAAAACCAAUAAUUGGAUUGAACUUACAAAUCCUGCAACAAAUGACGUAAUCAGUUUAGUACCAAAAAGUACUCAAGCUGAAAUGAAUGAAGCUGUUGAAAGUUGUAAAGAAGCAUUUCGUACAUGGUCAAAAACAACUAUACUACAACGACAACAGGUCAUGUUUCGUUAUCAAGAUCUGAUCAGAAAGAAUAUGCGAAGAAUCGCCGAAAACAUUGCCUUAGAACAAGGUAAAACAGUCACUGAUGCUGAAGGUUCAUGUUUACGUGGUUUACAAGUGGUUGAAUCAUGUUGUUCAGUAACAUUUUUACAAACUGGUGAAACUAUGCAUAGCGUUGCAAAAGAUAUGGAUAUUCAUAGUUAUCGAGUACCAUUAGGUGUUACUGCUGGUAUUUUACCAUUUAAUUUUCCGGCUAUGAUUCCACUUUGGAUGUUUCCGGUAGCAGCUGUAUGUGGAAAUACGAUGCUUAUGAAACCAUCUGAACAAGAUCCUGGUGCAUGUAUGAUGCUUGUUGAAUUGGCAAAAGAAGCUGGCUUUCCCGAUGGUGUUGUUAAUUGUAUUCACGGUCAACAUGAUGCUGUUACCUUCAUUUGUGAUCAUCCAGACAUUAGAGCUAUAUCAUUUGUUGGCUCGGAUACAGCUGGUAAGUACAUUUAUGAACGUGGUUCAAAGAAUGGUAAACGUGUACAAUGUAAUAUGGGAGCAAAAAACCAUGGUGUCAUCAUGCCUGAUGCUAAUAAAGAACAAGCAUUGAAUCAACUUGUUGGUGCAGCCUUUGGUGCUGCUGGUCAACGAUGUAUGGCAUUGUCAACAGCAAUAUUCGUUGGUAAAGCACGUGAAUGGAUUCCAGAUUUAGUUGAAAAAGCUAAAAAAUUACGUGUUACUGCUGGUUAUGAACCAACAUCUGAUUUAGGACCAGUUAUAUCGAAAUCAGCAAAACAACGUAUUCUUCAAUUAGUUGAAUCUGGUGUUAAUCAAGGUGCAAAAUUACUCUUAGAUGGUCGAAAUGUUAAAGUACCUGGUUAUGAAAAUGGUAAUUUUGUUGGACCAACAAUUUUACAUGAAGUUAAACCAAGUAUGAAUUGCUAUAAAGAAGAAAUAUUUGGUCCCGUGCUUGUUUCAAUGAGUGUCGACACAUUGGAUGAUGCUAUCAAAGUUAUUAAUGAUAACCCGUACGGAAAUGGUACAGCUAUUUUUACUACCAAUGGAGCUACGGCAAGAAAGUUUACUCAAGAAAUUGAUGUUGGACAAAUUGGCAUUAAUGUUCCUAUUCCAGUACCACUUCCUAUGUUUUCAUUUACGGGUUCUCGCGGUUCAUUCCGUGGUGACACAAAUUUCUACGGACGAAAUGGCAUGAACUUUUACACACAAUUAAAAACAGUAACUUCGUCAUGGCGACAAGAAGACGCAACGCCAGCCCAUGUUCAAAUGUCAAUGCCAACAAUGCAGUAG